AUUGUGUGUUUAUGAAUUGAUAGAGGCGCCGCCAUAUUAAAAUUUUAUCUACGUGUUUAAGCAGUAUUAUAAUGAAUUCAAAACAACUUCUCUCUUUUAAUUUUCACGAUGAACAUAUACAGGAAAUUCUUAAUAAACGUAGCCUUCGUAAUCAACUCAAAGAGCUUUUAAUCUAUUAUGGAUUUAAUUCUAAAUCUUAUGAUUCUACAGAAUGUUUAAUGGAAACAUUAAGUCAACUUCCAUUAGAUACUCUUGUAUAUUUAUUCAAAAAUUUAAAAGAUCCAACAGCAAAAGUCCUCUCGAAAAUUCUUAAUGAUUACGAUAAUAUAUGGAAUAAAAUGGUACAAUCGUCAAAGGAAGGUAGGUAUCAAGAAUUCAUUACUAGAAGUGAACUGGAAUUUAGAACAAGAGCGAUAAAUGGGAUGUUCUACAAUUUUACUAAUUCUUUAAAAAUAUCGUGGCUUCAAGAUGAAAAAUUUCAAGUGGAUAAUAUUAAUUAUGAUAAUUUUCAUCAUAUAUUUCACACAAAUUGUAAUAAGAUUUUAAUACAAGGAAAUGCGGGAAUUGGAAAGACUGUUCAUACGAAACAGUUGAUAAACUCGUGGAUGCAGGAUAAAUGGAUAGAAAACGAAAGUAUAUUGUUACUACAUGUUGUUUUGAGUAAAGUAAAUAAAGAUAAUGAUAUGUACGAUGAAAUUGUACGCCAAAAUUUUAAGAAUAUUAAAAUUCCAUACGUAACAAGAGAUAUUAUUCAAUUAUUGUUCCAAGAGAGGAGUAAAAAUGUAAUAUUGUUGCUGGAUGGAGCGGAUGAAUUCGAUCUAAAUGGGCAUCAGUUUAAUGAAUUAAUAGAAAAUAGAUGCCCUGUUCGCACGGUAAUAUGGAGUAGGAAACGGAAAGCUGCUCAAAUUAUGCGUUCUUGCGAUAUUUGCUUUGAAUUAAUUGGAUUAAAUAGUCAACAAAUGAAGAUAUUUUUUCUGGAUCUCUGUCGCAAUGAUACAAGAAUUUAUCAAAACUUCGAAAACAAUAUGGCGCGGUCUGAUAAAUGCGUUGCAGAUCUCUGUAAAAUUCCAUUGAUGGCUACGUUAAUAUUUUCAAUAUGGAGAGAAACAGAAGAGUCUCUACCAAAUUUAUUUUGUAUCUAUGAUAAUAUCGUUAACAUUAUCAUAGAGAGAAAUAAUUAUCGGAGAGAGCAGAAAUAUAUUUCUUUAAAAAAAUUUUCAAAAAUAUGCUUUCAGAAAUUAUUGAAAAAUGAGACUAUUUACUUAAAAAAGGAAGAAAUCGAUGAUAUUGAAGCUGAUUUGAAAGGUUUAGUACAUAUAUCAUCACCUACGCCAACUACUAAUGAAUUUGAAUUUAUUCAUUCGAGUUUUUUAGAAUUUUUUGCAGCAAAAUACAUCAUUAAAAUGAUGUAUAAUAUGAAGGAAUCUAUUUUUAAAGGUUAUAAAGGAGGGAUAAAGAUAAGACUUUUAGAAGAGCUGUCGCAGAGAGAUGAAAAUCAUUUUUAUCAUACAAUGGAUUUUAUAAAAGGAUAUUCAACGUUACUUUUUAGAAAGAUUAGCAAUAAAUCUAAAAUAUUAUUGGAACAUUAUAAUUUUAGUAAAAAUAUAAGAAUGCUAUUGGAGAAAAAGAUUACUCCUAGUACAGGAUUAAGAUUGGAGAAUGAAGAGAUAAGUAAUCCAAAAUUGGCUUAUCUAAUCGAAAGAACCGUCAGAAACUUGGAGAUAUUGGAUAUAUUUGAUACGAAAAUCGAUUACAUGGUUUUAUUUGAAUUGUUAUCGAAAUACGCUUUAAAUCUGAUUUGUAUUAAUAUUAACGUCUACCCUCAAUUUUCAAUUUACGAAUGUUCCUUUCUGGAAACUGUUCUAAAGAUGAUAGCAUCUACGCAACUUAAACAAUUGAAUCUAGGAAAGAAUAGAUUCCUUAUUAAACGUAGUAAGAAACCAUUAAAACCGUCUGUUAUUGAAAAGUUAAUUAUAUCGAAUGGAAAGUAUUCAAAGGAAUAUCUUUUUGAAGUGAUUUUCGGUUCAAAAUCAUUGAAAUGUAUUAUUGAUAGAGUCAACUAUUGCUAUAACAAAAAGGAGAUGAAUAGUUUCUUUACCUUCCUAAGGAAAAGUAAUUCAUUAACCUCAUUAAUUAUUGAGAAUAAGAGGAUUGAUAUAUUCAUUUUCUUUCGUUUUUUCAAUUUUAAAAAAGAAAGAAAAGCUAUAAAAUUAUUAUCAUUUCGAAAUUGUACAAUCGACAAACCCAAUCAACAACUGUUCUACGAUUGUAGUAAAUACGUUAAUCCUCUAUUGGAAGACAAACAUACGAAUGAAUUACAAACAAAUAUGCAGUGUAAAAAUGAUAAGAAUAUUGUUAAUUUGCAUAUUAACAAUAUUGAUAAUAGUUUAAUCUAUUUGCUUAAUCCUAACGAUAGUUGGUGGUUUUAUAAUGAAAAGUUUGACGAUUCAGAUGUGAAGAUUAUAUUCGAUUCAAAAGGAUUAACUGCAUUUUUAGAGGCUGUUAGACAAAACUAUAUUAUAUUUACUCAUUUAUCCUCACUAAUCUUCAAGUGUAUGAAGAAAACUGCAAUAGAUAUUAAUAAAUGCCUGGAACAUUGUACAAACAUUACAUCCGUUAAUCUAUCUUCAAUCGAUGAUGAACAAGAUGAUUAUAAUGAUUUAUUCAUUUUACUAAAUCAUUCAAAAUUAAAAAUAACUGAUAUAAAAGUUGGAAAAAAGUUUCUAAAAGAAGAAAAGCGAACAUCUUUAUUUGUGAAUUUUAUUGAUAAUUGUCCAAAUAUUAAAUAUAUUGAUAUAGAAGGUAAUGGAAUAUCAAAGACUGAAUUUCAAAAGAUUUGUAUCGCUUUAAAGAAAUCAGCAGAUUAUCUUAAAAGUAUUGAAUUGUCGAAUUUUUACCUAACAGAAUCGGAUGAUAAUCAUCUAGGUUGUCUAAUACAAGAAUGUAAAAGUUUAGAAAUUGUUAAAUUCAGUUUAAAUACUGAAAGAAUUGAAAUUUUUGAAUUUAUUUCAUCGUUAAAGUCUUGUUCUGAGAAUUUAAGAGAGAUUAUUAUUUUUGAAUGUACUCUAACGGAUAAAGCAUUAUAUUCCCUUUUCUCAAUAAUUCUAUGCUGUAAAUCACUGGAAUAUCUCUAUAUUCCUAGAAGUGAUCCCUGUCAAUGUUUUUCCAUAUUUUUGAAAAAAAAUAAUCAUCUACUCUACGAUUUCGAUAGAUGUAACGAUAUAAGAUUAAUAUUAAAAGUACAAGUAAUAUUGGAGAUACUCUUCGAUCAUUUCUCAAGAUUACAGACACUCUUUCUAAGUGAUACAAUGUAUUGUAACGAUUUAAUUAAUAAUGAUGAUGAUGACGAUGAUAAUGGAAAAAAUCUACAAAACUUCUUUGAUCGAAUACUAUUAGAGAAAUUUAAGAAAAUAACAAAAAAAGAGGAUAAUCUUAUUGAAAAGAUGAAAAAUAAUAGAAUAGAACAAGAAAAUUACAUAUUUAUUCAAAGCUGUAUCGUUACCAAAGAUUUAAUAACCGGAUGUAAUCUAAUACAAGUAAACGUUGAUCCAGGAUAUUUAGGAAACUAUCCGAAUUGUAUUAGUAAUUGGUUUUUAGAUUAUUUAGCAAAGUUGAAUAACAUUGAAACGCUUACGAUUACUAAUAACUUAUUAGGAAUGGAUGUAUGUAAUAGAUUCUUUAAAGUUAUUUUACAGAAGAGAAAUGAUAAUAAAUUGAAAAAUGUCUAUUUGGAAAAUUGUAUUAUUGAAAAUCCUGAUAAGAAUUUCUUUUGGAAUUGUUUCUUAAAUAUUUCAUCAAAAAAUUUUCAUAAAUACGAAACUGAUAAGAUGCAAGAAAAUAAAAUAUCUUUGAACAUUAUAGAUAUUAUUCUAGAUGAGAACAAACAUUUAAAUUUUCUACUAAAUAUGAAAACUAUACAAACUAGUUUACAUAAAAACUAUAAGAAAAGUAUAAAUAUUGAUUCGGAUAUUAAUAAUAUUCAAAAUUUAGAAGAUGCCAUUAAAAAGAACCUAAUCGAAAUGGGGCAUUUACAAAUUUAUCUACCUAGAAUUGUUAAUGUUUUGUAUACGGAUAGAAUUCUAGAACUUUUAAGAAUAUCUAGCCAAAGUGUUAGAUUUUUAAAUCUUUCACAUAAUCUUCAAUAUCAGACUAUUGAUAAGAUGAGUUGGGAAAUGCUUAAAAAUUGUAAUAAAUUGGAAACAAUUCAAAUUAAGGAUAUAGAUGUAUCUUCAAUUCUCAAUUAUCUCUCAGCCGCUAUCUACUCUUCUUCAAAAACUCUUCGAACUAUAACAAUAGAGGAUUGUUGUUUAGCAAAUGGAAAUGUUAAAUUUUUAGGAUUACCGAUAAUGGCUUGCAAUUCUAUUGAAGUAUUCAAUCUAAAUGGUAAUAAAUUCAUGAUGAAUGAUGGUUUUAAUUCAUUAUGCUCCGGAUUAAAGAAUUCAUCACAUUCAAUAAAGAGUAUAUCCCUAAGAGAUUGUAACCUACAAGAAGAACAGGGACUUUGUUUAGGAGAUCUUUUGAAAAAUUGUAACACUCUUGAAAUAAUUGACUUAUCAUGGAAUUUAAAAUUAAACCAAGUAUUUUAUAAUCUUUGUGAAGGAUUACGCUCUUCGUCAUAUUUAGAAAGUAUUAAUCUAACAAAUUGUAAUAUAAAUAGGAAAUCUGCAAUAGCUAUUGCAAAUCUAUUGGAGAAUUGUACCAAUUUAUUAGAAAUCAAUCUAUCGGAGAAUAAAUGUAUGGAAGAUGGAUUUGGAAUGAUAUGCCAAAGUUUAAAAUCCAAUUUAAACCUUCAAAAUUUAAUGUUAAAUUGUUGUGUUUUGAACGAAAUACAAGCAAAACAAUUAGGAAUUUCGUUAGGAAAUCUAUCAAAGAUAAGAGCAAUUAGUCUGGCAAGUAAUAGAAAGAUGAAAGAUGGGUUGAAAGAUAUCUUCAAAGGAUUAGAAUCUUCUUGUAAAACUCUUCAACUUGUGAAUUUUAACCAUUGCGAGUUAACUACAGAACAAGGAAGACUACUUGGAAGUCUAUUAAGAUUAUGUAAUAAUAUUCAAUCUGUGUUCAUUUCCCAAAAUCAAAAUACUGACCUUGGCCUUUACGAUGUAUUUAAAAGUUUACACAAUUCCAGUCAAACUCUAACGCAAUUAGAUUUAAGCAAUUGUUCAUUGAGCGUAGAACAAAUUGGUCAAUUGGGUAAAUUUAUUGAAAAUUCCAAGAAAUUAGAAUAUUUAAAUCUGACGAGUAAUAAGAAUAUGCAAACUGGAUUUGAAUUUAUAUAUAACGGAUUAAAAUCAUCUGUAAACAGUCUUAAAAUUCUUGAUGUUGGUAAUUGUUCUUUGAAUGAAAAACAGGCUAUAUUGUUGGGAAAAUUAUUAAAACUCUUAAUUAAUUUAGAAGAAUUAAACUUAUCUUGGAAUACACGUAUGGGAAAUUGGUAUCAGGGAGUGGAUGGUGGAUUAAGAUCUUGUACUCCGCGUAUUAAAUGCAUACACCUUGGACGUUGCGAUUUAGGUGAGGAACAAGCUACCGGGAUUGGAAGAAUAUUGAAUAAAUGUACAACUUUGGAAUCAAUAAAUCUUACAUGGAAUACUGAAAUGGGUCAUGGUUUUAAAUCUAUAUGCAAUUCUAUGACUCAAUCAUCUAAAAGUUUAAAAAUGCUACUGUUAAGUAAUUGUAAUCUAAAUGAAAUUCAUUCAAAAUAUCUUGCCUAUUCUCUGCAAGAAUCCAAUCUUGAAAAUUUAGAUCUGUCGCAUAAUACGGAUAUAGGACAUGGAUUUAAAUAUAUCUUCUCCAGUUUAUCAUUGUCUUGUUCCUUUCUACAAAAGUUAAGUCUUCGAAAAUGCAAUUUAAAAGAGGUUGAAACGAAAUAUCUUGGAAAUUUUCUUAAAAAAGCAACCAGUUUAAGGAAGUUGGAUUUAUUUGGAAAUACAGAAAUGGGUAAUGGAUUCUUAUCAGUUUGCGAAGGAUUAAAACAUAGUUGUAUACUGAAGAAAUUGAAUGUUGGCUGCUGUUCGUUAACAGAUGUACAAGGAAAAUAUCUAAGAGAAGCUAUUAAAUCAUUAACAUUGAUAUGGUUUGAAGAUCAAAAAAUAAUUCCUGUAAACAAUUAA